GAUAAGCGGGGCGACCGCAGCUGUUUGGGAAACUGAUUGCAGAGAUUUCUUUUCAAAGCCGAAAGAUCGACUCCGCAGACCCUUUACCGACCUCGUUUCCCAACGAAUAAUUUACUUCUUAUAUCUAUCUUUUCGCCCUCUCAGAAAUCACCCAUCAAAGAUGUUGUUUGCUGGUAUAAGAGAAACCUUGUCCAAGUUUGCGCAGUCUCCUUUCGGUGUGGUCAGAGCCGAAGAAGAACUAGUCGAUCCAGCUAAGGUUUUGAGGGAAAAAUGUGAACAAGAAAAAGAAGCCCAAGAACGAUUUGCCAAGUUGCAAGAAUGUAAUACUCGAGUAAACUCUAGGAAAGCAACAGCUGAAACCUGCGUUGAAGAGUUCUGGGAUUUUCUGGAAGUCGUUGAUAAAUGCAUCGCGAAAGACCUGUUCGAUCAUCUCAAGUGAAUAAAGUGUAAAAUAUGGUGUUGCAGUUUGACAGCCAUUUAGCCUUAGGUAUUUUAUGUGUGGUAUAAUCCAUUCUGUAAACAAAGAUAUGAUAUUGCUAUUAUUUCUUGUUUUUUUUUUUCGAUUUUCCAAUAAAAUUUGAGUUGAUUUAAAA